AUGUUCACGAACCGGAUUGGUGACGGAAAACUGUCUGUUGCUUCGUCAAAUGAAGGGAUGGCUCGGCGAAGGACGGAUGCGCAAGCAGGAAAGGAACUAACAACAGGACAGGAGAGGACUAGUUACAGCGGAGAAUGUUUGGGGAGGGGUUAUUUUUAUCCACGGCAGCAGCAACAGCAGCAACAGCAUCAGCAGCAGCAGCAGCACCAACAGCGGCACAGUGGUGCAGUCCAGCAGCGAAGUGCAUCAGCGAAGGUCUUGGAUGUCCGGGAUAGAAUGAUAACCUUGAAAUGUCUCCGCCGCGUCAGCACAGCUCAAAGCAGCCAGGGAAGAUCCGCGCUUGAUUACUCACCACUGCUGUCACGUUACCGCGGCGGUCGGGGUUACACGGGAGCCGGCGCCAGCAUUCAAUAUUAUGCCCUAUAUUUAGCUGGCUCCAAAAGAAAUGACGAUACGGCUUGGCGGCAGGGCCUAGAGGCAGAUCCCAGCCACUCCGCGACGCCGUAUUUUCGCGGUACAACAAGUAAACUAAUUUGA